AUGUCACGAGACGCAAACAAUGCAGGUUCUGAUACGCAAAAGGUAAUACAACGUUGAAAUAGCUGUGAAACAUAUUAUGACAGUUAUUGUCUUUAUUCUAAGCCUUCUUGUACUCGAUCUUUGCGAACAUUAUCCAUCCGUCAGGUUCGUAAUUUGGUUGACGACUACUUUAUUUCUUUGUAGGUGAACGACCUAUGCGAAAAAAUGGCGAAAGCCAAGAUAAGUAAAACUGCACAACAUCAAAUUGUCCUGAAGCCACCCAAAGGAACGAGGGACCGCAACCCCGUCCAAAUGCGCGUUCUAGAGAAGGUUUUCGGUGUAAUUCAAGAUUGCUUCAAGCGCCACGAUGCAGUUUCAAUUGAAACGCCCGUGUUUGAACUGAAAGAGGUCCUCACUGGGAAAUAUGGCGAGGAGUCAAAACUUAUAUAUAAUCUAGAAGACCAAGGCGGCGAACUCCUUUCACUUCGCUACGAUUUAACGGCAGGUCUACCGAGCUUUACAAGCCUAUGGCUUGUAACCUCUAGUUCAUGUGUGCUUUGUUCUCUGUGUUUUGGAUGGCCGAACUCCACUGUCAUCAGCUCGGAGUGUGUCGUUCCAACUCAUCUUCCCGUUUAUCUGACGGUCUGACUCCCCAGAAAGCCCAACUCUCCGUUACCGAGCGUUUUGCUUGCUCUAACUGGCCUACACAAUGAGAACCAAGCUAUUUCUAGACGCAUCACUAUUGUGGAUCUUAGAGCGAAGUAGAAGCGCAGUCCAGGCUUCGAGAACAAGUAGACAUUAUUCUGAAUGACCGCUUGGGGUGAUGACUCGAUGUUGGUAUCGAAGGGAUGGCAUCCUUUGAGCCGUUAGUGCGACAGCCUUAGUUGUUUCUGAAUGUCCAUGUAGAAAACAGUUCCUAUUGGAUCUAAAAUAGGUCGUCAUGACUCCUGCCCAGGAAAUUCAUAGAAGAGAAUGUAUUCCAUUUUCUGAAUUUUCUCACUGUCAUACGCUACGAACCACAGAAAGGUACGCGACGUUUUACGCUACAGGGCAUGCCCCAUCCUCUUGGAUGCUGUGAGACGCCGACCGUACUGUCUGCUUGGCCUCCUUAACCACAGGACAAUUUUGGGAGGAAAUAUUGUCGAAACCAUCAUGCUGCUCAAAAUUCACUUUCCAUCGAAUUACAGAACUUGAAAUGUAUGCCUGCCAAUAGGCGGAAGAUUACUGCGGCAUAGACCGGACGCUAAUUACAAAGAACCUAGGUGUAUAUUCUAGAGUGUGGGCUGUAGUGACUCAGUGUCGUGGAUACUGGACUAAAACUGGAAAUAGGCGGCAAAGAUGUGGAGUAGGGUAGCUUUUGAUUUGUCACGAGGGUUACUCAGGGGCACACAGGUUAGUUUCUGUAACGUCCUCUAUUUUACUGCUAAGCUACUUUUUGUAACUACCGAGUUGAUGCCCUUCCAAUUAUUGUUUCACUGACCAGCCCGUCUUCCUAAUGCAGGUUCCAUUUGCUCGUUAUGUCGCGAUGAACAGAAUAAAGUCGAUAAAACGAUUCCAAAUCGGUAAAGUCUACCGUCGUGAUCAGCCUGCUAUGAAUCGCGGUCGGUUCCGGGAAUUUUAUCAGUGCGUAAGUCGCGCUCUUGCCUUCUUACCAGAAAUACUACUAUGUCAAAGAACUUGCAUAUCUUCCGAGUUGUUGCCCUAUUCUACGAAAUUCCCCGCCUAUCAUUUACACAGUUCCCAUAGCAUUGUGUUAGAUGUACGUAAAGCUCAGUUUUUCAAAAGCAGUAUUAAAAGGUCGCGCUACUUCGGUCGGCAUCAUUGACAAAUUCAAACUUGCAGGCGCAUAGUUUUUUUUAAUGAUCCAUAAAAGGCGUAGUUUAAGGUGCAGCUGCACACCGGAAAACCCGGUUUCUGCGUCCCGGAAUCAGGCUUCGUCCGGUUGUAUCGUUUUAUAAGCCCUUUUAAUAGAUUUGCGUGUCUUCGUCGACCUUCUUCACCCUAAACGGAGUCCCUGCCUCUCUAGAAUUCGCGGUUACUUUAUAUACCGUGACUCUGUCAGAGGAAGUGAAUACGAUGUCAUUAGCCUCAAUAUCGUGUUCUUCCGCCCACUCAUUUCGUUUAAUUUUAGUUCAUUAUCAUGCUUUUUAUCCUCUUCGGGUUCUUUUCUCCGUAUUGGUAUUUGACGCGGCUAAACAACACUGUUGGUCGCGCAAAGCCUCGGGAGAUUGAAGCGUUAACUCUCAACCAUAAGUUAGCGUGAGAGACUUCUAUGGGGCUAAGGUAUAUAUGCGACCUACACACAUUUUUGUGAGUGUGAUUUUAAGAUAUUUAUUAUAAGCUGCAGAAACUCGCCCCCUUAGAGCGUACUCUCCGUGCUAACCAUCCUCCAUAGAAUUCUCAACUACCACAUUCUCCGGUCCACUACCUACCUAGAUUUUUCACACAGCGGUAGAAGUUGGGGGGAACUCGGGUCCCACGGAGUGGAAGUGCAGCAGAAGCCACAUUUAGAAGGAACUAUCGCAGCAUGACUCAGUCUACCUGUCGGCUGUUCCACACAAACACAUACCAACCGAGCUAUCCCGUCAGUUGGCGACCUUCUAGGUCACGGCCUUCAGCGCACCGUGAUAGCUUCAAGCGCGUCAGAAAUAUGUGCUGAGACCGCCGACCUCGCUUUUCACACUACUGAACACCAGUCCACUGUUCGAGCCGGUCAGAUGUCUGAUGCCGGGAGUGGGCGCAGUGGCUGACAACUAGAGAGCUCGUUUAUGCGUGCCGCACACACGACCUGGCCCCCAUACGCGCAUACGAGCGUGUAGACCGUUCGGAUUUCGCACGGAGAAAGAAGCCCAAAAGCACACUUCCCACCUACUUGAAAGGCGCCGGUGAUGAGGAGUUUUAGAGCUGUUUAUGCGUAGUUGAUCAUGUCAACGGUAAUUUACCGCAGGUUUUCAUGUGUGACCGAAUAGGCCCGUCCGAUGGCUGAACGUGCGCGGGACAGUGUGGGCAAUUAGGGCGAUGGAGUCUGGUGUAUGUCGAUGCUCCUGGUACUAGUUCGUCAACCUCUUUGCGAUGGAUUCGCAAGCGACCAGCCAGGCCGGUGCGUAGGGGGGAAUGCGCGAUCUCAAUAGAGACAGGUUAAGACCGAGUCUACAUCACUGGAGAUAGAGGUGGUGGUGGUGGCGGCGGCGGCGGCGGCGGCGGCGGCGGCGGUGGUGGUGGUGGUGGUGGUUGACAAGUCGUCGAGAGGGUUUAGUUCGGUGGUAGGAACAGGAGCUGUGGUGGUCGCCGUUGUCGCCACGGAGGUUGUGGCAAGUGCGAUGAAGAUAGCAGUGACCGACGGCGGCGGGAUAUGAGGAUGUUGAGCAUCGGUUCUGAGCGCGGUCGUCGUAAUGGCCACCUUGAGGGUUUGGGCAGGGGCGGUAGGAGAGACAGCGAUUGAAGUUGUCUGACUGGUGCACUGAGUCCGCAGAUGUCCGACAAGGCCGGUCCACCUGCAGAAUGUUCGUCGACAGCGUGGACAUGUUGGGAGGGGUCGAGGGUGAGCGUUGUAGGCCAGGGACGCCUGAGACUUGUGAACCUCCCUUUUAGCUUUGGCAGCGGCGAUCCGGUUGGCUUCACAGAUAGUUGCCCCAGUCUUCUGAUCGGUCAGUCCAGUGUGAGCUCCUCCCGGGUAUUCGGGUUGAUCUUUAGCCGCCUGAAGAAAUUUUUAGGGUGUCCUUGUAGCAACGGGUUUGACUUCCUGUUGGCGAGCACUUGUGACGACAUUUUCAUAGAAGAGUUGUUUUGGUAGGCGUUCAUCCAUCCUCACGAGAUGCCCCCAUCAUCAUAGUUGCAGUUGCCUCAGCAUGGCGCGGAUGCCGAGAAUUUCAGUCCCUUCGAGAACUUCCUGUGUCCGGGAUCCUGUCCUCCCACAUCUGCAGCUGGCCGAAGACUUCGCCGGCUUUGGAGACCCGCAGAGCCGCUUCGUCGUCAACUUUGAUGCAGCCUGAGCGUUCCGCCCAAGUAAUUAAAGUUGUUCACGGUUUUCAGUUGGAUACCUUUGACAUGAAUGCGAGGAGCGCUGUAUGCAGCAUUGGGUAAAGAGUAAUGCAUGACCACAGCUAUGUGCGCGUUGAUUUUCAGUCUGAAGUUGGCGCAGCCGGAGGCGAAGAGUUCCAUUGUCCGUUGCAUGUGAGCUUCUGUCUCGGUUUUGAGUGCUAAUCGUCCACAAAAAACAGGCCGUGGUGAGACGCGUUUAAGCUUGCGUGCGCCGACUGUUGAGAUGGCCGUCGGUCUUUUAGGCGAUGCGGAUCCCCGGGCGCUCAUCACGGUAGGCGUCUAUCAGCAUGGCAGAGAGCAUGAGUCUAAGGGGUGUUGGGGGGAGGGGGGUGCACAGCCCUGGUUACUGCAAAUGCUUCGGAGACGGUCCCAUUGUCCGUGACGUGCGUCAUUAUCCCCUCGUGGAGCCGACGCACCAUGCCCGUGAAUCGUUCAGGACAGCCGAAUUUCUGCAUGGUUUUCCACAGUCCAUCGACAUUCACCGUGUCGAGGACUUUCGUCGAGUCCACGUCGAUGGUGUAGAAAUGAGUGCAUUCCCUCACACUUCUUUUAGCCGGCUGGUGACGAAAAUCAGGCCGGUGGCUCCGCAGUGGCGUGGGAAUCCACGCUGACAUCCUGGCAGAAAUCCCUGUUCUAAAUGGCCGUUGAGACUGCUGAAGGGGAUGCAAGUGAAGACCUUCUCGGCAGUUUUGGGCAGUGAGAUUCCUCUGUGGUUGUCACGGAGUUCCUGGCCUCCUUUCCAUUUGUAGAGGCAGACGGUUGUCGCCUGUUGCUUGUAUGAUGAUUAGAAAUGCCUUUGCAUUGAGGGAAUUUGUCCCUCGAACUUAAGCCUCGUGUGCGUUGCUCAUGUUCAACGAUAAGUCCAUUGUGGCCAUUUUACUGCGUCCUCGUAGUUUUAGCUACCUAAAGACAGCUAUCACAAACGCAGUGCCGGUAAACAACGUUGCACUGGUUGAUUUUUUCCGUCUCAAGCAAUAUCUGUUAAUUUUAUUUGCACUCAUAGGCGAGACCGGGACAUCUCAUGGGCAUGCAGAUGCGUUUGUCUCAUUGUCUUGCUCUCAUGAAAUAAGAUGACUUCAGGAUGUUACGGAUGCUUCAAUGCCUGCUAGUGCGGGUAUUCUUGUACACCAAACGAUACACCCACUUAAAAGUGUACUGUCUCACGCUGUGUUUUAAAGUUAAACGAAUCUCGAUGAUUCGAGCGUGUUGUGGUCUUGAUUUCUUGUCUUUCUUGUCUACUUUUUCAUGUGUUGAUUGAUUUUCGAGUUCACUCCGGCAUUCUAACGCAGGUGGUCCACUUUUCAUUUUACUGUAAAUAAUGGCGGAUUCGCAACUACCUUGUCGACUUCUCUUGCUUUUUUUCAAAAGAGCCCCCUUUCAUGGUCGAUGCUAUGGUAGUGGCUGCGCAAAACUCGACGGUUUGACUUUAGCGCCUUUGUGGGUUUCGCCAUAUUUCUGGAGAACACUAGUCAUACAGUCUUUUCUAUUAUCAUUUUUGGAAAUUUGCUUAUUCAGCUGACCCACACACUGGAGGAUUGUUCAGUGCCUUUACGAGCUUAAUCAGCUAAGACAUCUGUAGUACGCGUCUUAUCUAUAGAAAAUGGAAACGUUUUCUCUCCGAUGGAUUUUAAAAGACCAAAUAAUUAGUGUUUUGUACUCGGCCUGUUGACCUUUAGUGUUAUCGUCUUCGACUUUACUUGCUUACACUGUACGAGCUUCAACUUUCGACGCUGCCUUUCAGGCAAGAAACUAAAAUUCCCAUCAUAUCUGAAAUUGGGAAAUGUAAACUUCAUGAAGUCCUACGACCAAAACUUGGGACUGUGACCGAUGGUGCCUGCGCCACAUGUACCCCCCUUCACCCUCAUGCGCAAGUCAACCGCAGUUGGCGAGGACCCACUCCGCUGUCAAAACAGGGAUAGGGACGACACCCUUGUCAGUCUGAUUUUCUGCGCCCACACGGGCUCUACGGAGGCUGAACUUCCUUGGUAUAUGACAAAUCCACUUCUGUCAUGAGGAAAGCUCGGUGGAUUAGGAGCCAGAUGUAUCUUCUGGAGCGGUCUUUGAGUAGAUAAACGUCAUGACGCAGGAAUAGUCUUCACUAUAAUCGAGAGUUUCGUGAUUAAUUGUUAACCUUUAGAGAUGUAUACAACGACCGAUUAGCCACGCGGAAAAAACUAUUUGGUGGACACAUUUUGUUCUACUUUCUAGCGUUCGCGUCUCUACGAGGAUAAGUUGCGACAACGUGCACAGCAAGUGCUUGGAGAGCUUUACUUCCUCAUCUUGUCUAUGUUGGUGGCAGACAAACUCAAAAUGCCUGCUCCUACUGUGCAUGAACCAUGCCCCCCUUGUUCAUUUACCCGUCGUCUUGAUGUCUGUAAACACAGAAAUGGACAUCCUUCGCCGAAGGUGCAGCUGCCUCAUUGUGAACACCAUCCUUCGCGUUUUGAGUUACAAAUUUUGCUACGAAGGCGUCAAGGUGAAAUAGGGCCCUGAGGAGGUUGGGCUUUGCCCUCCUCAAGAAGACAUCGAUUUCCCUCAACCUGAGAACAAGCCGGAAAAACUGCACCGCGUGGAGAAUGGAAAAAUUAAGAUUUUGACCACUGUACCGCGGUGGAUUCGCUCGAAAAAAUCGCGUUGCAACAAAAACGAAUAGGGACCUCGGCAUCUGCCUUCAUAGACAAGACCAACUGCAGCCAGUAUCCAGGAACAGCGGAGUUCCUGCAAGUAUGGCUGAUUUCAUUGUGUGCUCACACCGACGACAGCAUAAUAUGUUUCAGAUACUAAACACCCGGUUGAGCAAUUGGACUGAGACAACCCAGAGAUCCAUUAACUCCUUUAAAAGGAGUAAUUUCUUUGCUCUCAGCCCGGUUUGCGGUUCACAAGCAGCCAGAACUGAUUCUCAGCUCCGCUUAUCAGUUAUAAGCACUCACUAGGUUUGCCGAACACCUUCAAAGCCCACUUAACCGUCCAUUUAGCAUUUUCUUGCAGUUCGUCGACAUACGUUCGUAAAUAGAGGUCAACACUGACCUGGAACUCCCAUAACCUCUUCAGAAGACGAUCUGAGAAGCCCGGUAGCUUAAGCGGAAAAGGUUCAUCAGCCAAGCAAAUUUCUGCCGAGGUUUUCAAAUUCGAUAUUUCGGAACUGCCACAGUAGCUGUCAUCUCUUCCAGGUCUGGUUCCAGAGAAAAUCGCAUGCAAUUGGAAGGUUAACCGACUUUCGGCCAUGGUAGAUGAUGGAUUAUAUUUUCAUCAUUGUGGGCUGAUGUAGUUUUAUUCGCCCUUUUACUCCAAAAGUUUAUUGUUUUUUCGAAGGAUUUUGACAUCGCCGGUGACUAUGGUCUCAUGUUGGCGGAUUCCGAAUGUUUAAGAAUCAUAUAUGAAGUGCUGACUGAACUGGACUUGGGCGAUUUCGUGAUUAAAGUGAAUCACAGGCGUUUGUUAGACGGUCUCUUCACCGCUUGUGGAGUUCCUACAGAAAAAUUCACCGCCGCUUGCUCGUCCGUGGACAAACUCGACAAGGUACUUUGCCGCGUUGUCGAAUUUUUGUAGCCUUUUAAUGCCUGCCUGCCCUGCCUGCUUACUUCAGUACUGCAGUCACUGACCUCUCUGCUCCUUCCCUCCACAGCUGCCGUGGGAAGAAGUGAAGAAGGAACUCAUAAAUGAGAAGGGCUUACCGGAAUCCGUUGUUGACUUGAUUGGCGAAUACACGCAAAUUUCCGGCGGUAUGGAUGUCCUUGAUCGAUUGGCUGGCGAUGAACGUCUUGUGGGCAACAAAACCAUUCAAAAUACUCUGCCAGAGUUACGGACUCUCCUCGAUUACUGCCAAGCCUUGGGCAUAAUGGAUCGUCUUCGCCUUGACCUCAGCCUUGCCAGAGGAUUGGAUUACUAUACCGGUGUCAUCUACGAAGCUGUUCUAACAGGUAUGUUGCCACGUGAUCCUGCUUAUUCAAAGGCUGAAGACUUUCACUUACUUCAACUAACCAUUACCCAUGUUUUCUGCAAGGUUUCGCUCACAGCCCGGCCGUUACUACCAUGUCUGUCCCUGCGCAAUCUGCUGAACCACAUGACGACAAAAAGAAGAAGAGAAAGAGACCUGUUGCAGAUGAGGUUGAGGAUGGAGGAGACGCUGAGGGUGCUGUCGGCAGCGUCGCUGGAGGUGGCCGUUACGACAACCUCGUCGACCUCUUUUGUCCUGGGUCGAAAGUGCCGUGCGUUGGUUUGAGUUUCGGGAUAGAACGUUUGUUGGCUGUCAGUGAAAUGCUUUCUAGGAGGAAUGCCGCGGGCGACAAGAGUGUGCUUCGUGCAACAGAGACAGACGUCAUGGUGAUUGUUGCCCACAAGGGCCUCAUAGUAGCACGUCUGGAACUCUGCCGACUUCUCUGGGAUGCCAAAAUCAAGGUAUUUUUAUGUUUUGUUGGCAUCUACUAUGCCCAACGAAGUAGCAAUGAUGUUAAUGUUAGUUUGACUUGCGCGUAGCCCUCAGACGCAUCCAUUUUUUCAGGCCGCUUUCUCUCACAAGAACCAACCGAAACUACUCGAUCAACUGCAGUAUUGUGAGUCUACUGGGAUCCCCAUUGCUGUCAUCAUCGGCGAUGGCGAGCUACAACGUGGCGUCGUCAAGCUACGUCAUAUCAGUUCCCGUAAUGAGCGCGAAGUACCUCGGUCUGAGUUAACGGCGGAGAUUAAGCGCGAACUCCAGGAUCUCAGCGCAUCCAAGGCCUGCUAG